AACCUGUAAAAAGUUGCAUGAGUAAAAGCAACAUAAGUUUUUAGGAACAUGUGUUUACUCAUUAAUGACAAUUUAAAAAUAGAAAUUAGAGUCAAUGGGCUUUUAGUUAUUGCUACGUAACUUUCAACAAAUUAUCUAAAAAUUUCCUUAACUAUAAAACACAUGGUUUGAACGAAUUUCUAUGAUGGUCAUCCUCCUCAACUGUAUCACAUUGGGCAUGUACCAACCCUGUGUCGACAAGGACCCGUGUGUUACCAACAGAUGCAGGAUCUUGCAGAGGUUCGACGAGUUCAUAUUUGCAUUUUUUACAUUGGAAAUGACAAUUAAGAUGAUUGCCAUGGAUGUUUAUGGGAAAGGAUCUUAUUUGGCAGAUCCCUGGAACAGGCUGGAUAUGUUCAUCGUAUUGGCUGGAGCAGUGGAGUAUGGACUUCCCAACUUCAACAACAUCAAUCUGUCGGCUGUUAGAACCAUUCGGGUACUUAGACCUUUGCGAGCCAUCAACAGAAUACCCAGUAUGAGGAUUCUUGUGAUGCUGCUCUUAGAUACAUUGCCCAUGUUAGGCAACGUGCUCCUGUUGUGCUUUUUUGUUUUCUUUAUAUUUGGAAUUGUUGGUGUUCAAUUAUGGCAAGGAGUUCUCAGGCAGCGAUGUCUAUUUAAUCAAACAAUUUACCCACAUGUGCGAUGGCCAAAUGUGUCCCAUUUUUACAAACCGCCGGACACCGAUUACAUUUGCAGCAAAAGCAAUUUUUCUGGAAUGCACAGCUGCCAUGAUCUUCCACCGUUUAUAAACGGUACAAGGGAAUGUCAGCUUACUUGGGAGCAGAAACACAUGCCAGAGUAUGCAAACGACGAUCAGUUUUGCAUCAAUUGGCAUCUGUAUUAUUCUACUUGUUCGGAUAAUAAUCCGAACCCAUUUCAAAACACCAUAUCAUUUGAUAAUAUUGGAUUGGCAUGGAUUGCUAUAUUUUUGGUGAUAUCCUUGGAGGGUUGGACAGAAAUUAUGUACUACGUCCAAGACGGCCACAGUUUUUGGGAUUGGAUAUAUUUUGUACUGCUUAUUGUGAUCGGUUCAUUUUUUAUGAUCAACCUCUGUCUAGUCGUCAUAGCUACACAAUUUUCUGAAACAAAGAAAAGGGAGAUGGAGAGAAUGCGACUGGAAAGAGCCCGGUUCCAAAGUAGCAGUACGUUAGCUUCAUCGACAAAUAAUAGCGAACCAACCAGCUGCUAUGCGGAAAUCGUAAAGUAUAUCGCCCAUUUAUGGAGACGAUCCAAACGACGAGUGUUGAAGAAAAUUCGGCUCUACAGGGUACAAAGGGAUUUAAGGAGAGAUCAAAAGAUUUCAAUGGGAGAGACUAUAAGACUUAAUUACACUAAGAGACAUCACCCCAAUUGCCCAAAAAUUAGGCCAACGCAAUCUCAAAGUUUGCCCAGCACUCGAGCUGUGUCUCGAGCCAGCUCCGUUUGCCUCAGUGAUCCUGGAUUUCUGAGAGCAGAUGAUGUCGAACUGGCCGUCGUUUCUUCACGACGACCGGGAUUAUUGCGAGUUCCUGCCAUAUCAAGUCAGGAAAUUUCAUCCAACAACAACGAUAAUUCCACCAAUCUGUUAUCCCCAACCUCGUUGCAAAAUAAUCGACGUCGUUCGUCCGUUAUGUUCAGCGAUAUCAUCGUACUUCACGGACAAAACGUUUCGCCGACCACAUCCGCAUCCAACCUAUUAUCAGUGAACAUUGAUAAGAAAAAUGUGUGCUCCAGCGAGAAAACGACCCAAGCAGGAGACGGAAACAUCUGGCAGAUUACGGGGCCAGCAAAUCCUCAACAGAUGUUGGAAACGAAACAGCAAAUAGCUCAAGAAUGUAGCGACUUAAUGAACGGCGAAGCCCUCACAUGUCAGGAACUGUUAGCAUUGGGCGCAAUAAAUGCGGCUUUACCUACUGGACAGGUGGUUUUGGAUUCUUUUUUCGAUUCCCUGUCCAAAGGAAUGAAUAACCGGCAGAAAACCAGCGAGGAAUAUUUUAACCAUCCUCAGCAAAAUAUAGAAGAAGAUUUUAGCUGCUGUAUGGACUUGUGGCACUGCGAGUCCGAAUAUAAAAAUGAGAAACGCUCAAAAAUCUACAUAUUCACAUGCAUGCUGGUUAAGGGUGUGGUGAAAGCAAUUAGAACCGUUAGAAAGUAUAUAAAACUUCUAGUAGAACAUAAACUUUUUCAACACGGUAUACUAUUCGCUAUUUUAAUUAACACUUUAUCUAUGGGCAUUGAACAUCACGAACAGUCUAAAUGGCUAACUCAUUGUGUCGAAGUCACUAACGUUAUUUUUUCCGGAGUGUUUGCCGUCGAAAUGGUACUGAAAGUGAUUGCAGAAGGGCCGUUUGGUUACAUUUCGAACGGAUUCAAUGUCUUCGAUGGAGUAAUUGUAAUUUUAAGUGCUAUAGAAUUAUUCAAGAAUUUCACAAAACACGACGAAGAACUCCACACAGAUUCAGGACUCUCGGUGCUAAGAACUUUCAGGCUAUUAAGGAUAUUAAAACUGGUUCGUUUCAUGCCGAAUCUGAGGAGACAGUUGUUUGUCAUGUUAAGGACAAUGGACAAUGUCGCUAUUUUCUUCUCUUUGCUUAUCCUUUUCAUAUUCAUAUUCAGCAUCCUCGGUAUGUACCUGUUUGGCGGUAAGUUUUGCAAUUAUAUAGACGAGAAAGGUGUCCUGCGAGAUUGCGGAUGUGAGAUGCUGGAGCUGAAAGAUGAAAGAUGCCAAUGCGACCGCAAGCAUUUUAACAACAUCCUCUGGGCCACAGUCACCGUUUUUCAAAUUUUAACUCAAGAAGAUUGGAACAUGGUUCUUUCGAACGGAAUGGCCCGUACUUCCCACUGGGCAGCAUUAUAUUUUGUUGCUUUGAUGACAUUCGGGAAUUAUGUACUCUUUAAUCUCUUGGUCGCCAUCCUAGUCGAAGGAUUUAGUUCUGAGCGAAACGAAAGGAGAGAAAGAGAGCAACGGGAACUGGCUCGAAGAAAAAUGUCUUGCAUCUUGGAAGCAAAUUUUCGGGAAGGUAGCGAAGCCAGCAGUAAAUCGGAAAGUGGAUCAACCGAUAGUUACUCAAACGGAAAGAGGAAUUAUUUUCGAUCAGCGGACGAAAUCGGAAAAAUGAAAAAUAUAAGCGGCGAAAAGUCGAUAUCAGGAUUAACCAAUUGUGGCGUAAAGGAUGUGAACUCCAAAGACGGUUGCUACAGAAGGGAGCCAAAAUGCAAUAUUCAAAAAGAGUCUUUGCUAAAGCAACCAUUGGUACAGUCAUCUCCUCCCAUUAUCACCCAUACUGCUGCUACACCGCAAGACUCUCCAAAUAACACUUUAGAUGCCGAGUUUCCAGAGUUUCUCUACAAUGUCACCAAUGCUAGUAGUGACACUGAAGUAGACCAUUCUUUAUGUCCUUCGACCACAGAUUCGACGACUCAAAGGAGUUCGAGUCUGUUAAAACCGCCAUCGUUGUCGCCACCACCUAUAACGUUCAGGAGUUUCGAAAAACCUCCUGCCGAACCAAUACAGACACCCUGUGGCAAAAUUGUAAUCCAUAACGAAAGAAUUGGAAUGAAAACUAUGUCAUUUUCCGAAAAAGUUGUACAAGUGAACAACAAUAAUAAAAACGAAACGAAACAAAAUCCCGAUAAGGAAAAGUUGCAGCGAAAAAUGUCCUGGAAUUUGCCUAGAAAGUCAAGUCUACGAAGAAAAAGAGAUAAAUCCGGAUCAGAUUCCGAAGUGGUGCCUUUAAAUAAUGGGAGGGACCACUCGCAAUGUAACGGAAAAGGGGUCAGCAGACACGCCAGCUUACGAAAUGAUUCAUUGCUGCAAUCAUCCAUUCGGAUUCAGAACGAUACCCAUCGAGACAUUCCCAAUAACAAAGUUGCCCGAGCUGCUGCCGCUAGUCCGCAAAAUUCUAUUAGAUGUAGAUCAGACACUUGUAGCGGAUCCACCUCGCAACGAGUGAUCACUCCACCACCGGCCUUGACUAGACGCAAUUCCCUCACUAAAUCACCAAAAAGCACAACAAAAAGGCACCACCACCACCAUUCAAAGCAAAACCUGAAAAGCGCAAGCCCCAUCUCGUCUAAAAAAUGCGAUCAUAUCGAACUAAAACCAUUAAAUAAUCUUAAGGAAAAUAUCAUAACAGAAACCACUUUGCCCCAUCAGAUAAAAUUGGAUGAGAGCAUCAUCUCAGCAUCCCCGCGACUCAGUAUCGUUGAUCGAGUGGAAAUGCGAGUCGCUGGAUGUUUCAAGGAAAAGGAUGACUAUUCCCUGUAUUUAUUUUCACCUGAGAACAGUUUCCGAAGAAAAUGCACAUGGCUUGUAGAACAAAAAUAUUUUGACAAUAUCGUUUUGCUCUUCAUCGCCCUGAACUGCAUAACGCUAGCUAUGGAACGACCCAACAUACCACCAGACAGUCCUGAAAAGUUAUUUCUUCAAAGUUGCAAUUACAUUUUUUCCAUUGUUUUUGCAUUUGAAAUGUUUGUCAAGGUUGUAGCUGCUGGUAUGUGUUAUGGUCCAAAUGCCUACUUUACAUCCGGAUGGAACAUUAUGGACGGUGCCUUAGUGAUAAUUUCUGUAAUCGAUAUUAUAAUGUUCCUCAUCAACGACACAACAUCUCGGAUCUUUGGCAUCCUCAGGGUGUUCCGUUUACUGAGGUCCCUUCGACCCCUACGGGUAAUCAAUCGAGCGCCCGGGCUGAAGCUCGUCGUCCAAACACUGCUGUCUUCCCUGCGACCUAUCGGCAACAUCGUCCUAAUUUGUUGCACGUUUUUUAUCAUAUUCGGUAUUCUGGGAGUCCAGCUUUUCAAAGGAAAAUUCUACCACUGCAUCGGCGAAAACAUCACUACCGUAAUAGAUAAAACCGAUUGCAUCGGUCGGGGUUAUGACUGGAAAAACGAAAAGUAUAACUUCGACGACUUGGUGCAAGCUCUGAUGUCGUUGUUCGUUUUGAGCUCCCGAGACGGCUGGGUCAACAUUAUGUAUACAGGAUUGGAUGCCGUGGAGGUCGACAAACAACCGAUCACAAACUUUAACGAAUGGCGCCUGCUUUAUUUCAUAUCCUUUAUUCUGUUAGUCGGAUUUUUUGUUCUUAAUAUGUUCGUAGGGGUAGUGGUAGAAAAUUUCCACAGGUGCAGGGAAGAGCAGGAAAAGGAGGAGAGGAUCAGAAGGGCAGCGAAGCGGGCUUUGCAGCUGGAGAAACGGAGACGAAAAAUGAACGAACCUCCAUACUACAUAAACUACCCUCCGUGGAGGUUGUUUAUCCACAAAAUAGUCACAUCUAAGUACUUCGACCUCGCCAUUGCGGCUGUGAUAGGAUUAAAUGUUGUUACAAUGGCUACCGAAAGCUACCGGAUGCCGACCAUUUGGGAAUACUUGUUGCGUAUAUUCAACUACUUUUUUACCGCCGUUUUUAUUCUGGAAAGCAUUAUGAAGCUGAUCGCGUUAGGUUUUCGAAUGUACAUAAAGGACAAAUGGAAUAUUUUGGACGUCGGGAUUGUGAUUCUCUCGGUAUUUGGGAUUAUCAUUGAAGAAAUGAAGGAAAACGAAAUGAAGAUUAUUCCCAUCAAUCCCACAAUUAUUCGUGUGUUGCGAGUGAUGCGGAUAGCUCGGGUUCUCAAGCUCCUAAAAAUGGCGAAGGGUAUCCGUGCACUUCUAGACACGGUCAUGCAAGCUCUUCCUCAAGUCGGCAAUCUAGGGCUACUAUUCUUCCUUCUUUUCUUCAUUUUCGCGGCCCUGGGUGUCGAAUUAUUUGGCCGGCUAGAUUGCAAGGUCACCCCUUGCCAAGGUUUAGGAGAACACGCCCAUUUCGAAAAUUUCGGCAUGGCUUUCCUCACCCUUUUCCGCGUUGCAACCGGGGACAAUUGGAACGGUAUCAUGAAAGACACCCUGUAUAACGAGAACUGUGAUUCCACUGAUGAUUGCAUCAAGAACUGCUGCAUAUCUCCGAUUAUUGCUCCGAUAUUCUUUGUUAUUUUUGUGCUGAUGGCCCAGUUCGUGCUGGUCAAUGUGGUGGUAGCGGUUUUGAUGAAACAUCUGGAAGAAUCGCACAAACACCUCGAAGACGAACAGGAUAUGGACAUUCAACUCGAGAGAGAGUUUCAGGAAAAGCAAGAGCAAAAUGAAAGGCGGGAACUCUGCCUGGCCCUUCAGCUAGAUGCACAAGAAUGCCAUACGGAGCAACAGACAAGACUCCACAAAGUUCUUUCCUUGCCAUCGAAUUUCGUUUUCAACCCUCCCGGUUGCGGCACAAAAGUAAUCUUGGAAAGACAGCCAUCUCAAAGUCGUCGCCAGACUCUGCACAGUCAACUUCCAAUAAUGAUGUCCAACAUAUCAGACAUAAAAAAUAUAGACGAUUCCAUUACUGAUAUAUACAGUAUACAAGAAGUGGCGUGUUGCGAUGAAUCGCCUCCCGAUAGGAAAGACGCGAUUCGGGAAUCCACUAGGCUAAACUUGGACGAAAUUUUAACUAUUCCACCUAUGGAAUCGUCAGUUACACACCAGCUGAGAGUCUCCAAUAUUGAUAGCCCUCAAAACUAUCUAAAAACCGUAAACGAAAUCCAAGAACAUAACAUCAGCAGACUGUUAGUACCCCAGGAAACUAAGCCAAUCAACAGAUUAUACGGAAGUACAAAGCAUCUUUUCCAGAAACAAGUUUCUAUGGACCUUUAUGAGGAAACUCCAUUCCUUACACCUCCAGGUGGGGGCAGUUUAAACCCGGCGAGCAGUAAGUUUACUAGUGAAAAAAGAGAUAGAAGUGAAUGUUUCAAACCUCCGAGGCAUGAUAGCCAAGAAAGUGUGCAACGAAUAAUAACUGAACGAAGACAGUUGGAUGAAACGCUCAAAGAGCUUGAUAAAUUCGAUAUAUUUGAUAUAUCGCAUGAUAGUGAGGAACAUUUAGUGCAGGAUAGUCAAAACGAUUCUAAAAAGGAAUCCUCUUAAUACCAUACUUAUAUGAAGUUCUUUUUAUAAUUAACUAAUAUCUAGGGAAAAAUUGCUUUCUAACAAACUGUUCACUUUUUCAGAUGUGCACUAAGAGUCAAAUAGUAGUUAAAUAACUAUCGGGUGUCCAAAUUUUAUGUCCAAGAAAACGAUCCUUGAUAUUUCCAAUCUUACAUAAUAGCAAAUACGGUUGCAGUUAUUUGAAAUAUUCACAAACUGCAUUUUUUGCCAAAAAAAUUCCUUCAACAUAUGAACAGUUUAAAAAUUAAUACUAAUCACACUAUCUAUCUAAUUAUUUUCUAUGACAACACCGUAUGGGUACAUUUGAUUAUUCUAAUCAGGCUGCAACAUCAAUGAAGUCAACAGAAACUACGAAUAAGAUAUCGCAAAAUCUUUGCAUUUCUAUGUAUUAUCUAGGAUAAUAGGAUAGUUUUACGAGUAUGUAUAGCAAUUGUACAAAAAGCGUUAGGAGAACUUUUUCUAUGUCAUAUUCAAAAGUCAGGCUCAGUAUAUAACUAUGUAAAAAAUAAAAAAUAAUGCUAUAAUUAUUACGGGAUUUAGAAUGAGUUCAUUCACAAUAUCGCUGUCCUAGAGAAUUGUUACGCGUGAAGUUCCUAAAGCUAUUUGAGAUCAAUGCAUUAUUCUGAUUGACAUAAAUUAGAUAGUUAAAGGUUCUAAAGUUUCCAUUAUGAAACUUAUUUAUAUUUUCCAGCGUAAUGAGAAUUGAUAUAGAAUAGAAAUCAAAUAAAAUUUCUGUUAUAAGAUAAAUUAUAAAAUGAAAAGGAGAAAUUUCUGACAAUAUUUCCACGGUUUCCAACAGGCAUUCGGGUAAGAACUUUUAUUACGAAAUAUUUAAGAUCAUGCAGUAAAAAAGUUCGAUAAAAUAUAAAUAUAAAUUUCAUUUCCACCAUAAUUAUUCUUGACAAUUAUUCCUUUCAUACGGUACGGGUGAUAGGAUCAACAGCAAAGUGUUGCAAACCCAUUAUUUCGAUACUAAACAUCUGCAAUCAACAUGUGUCGAUUAGCUGCAAACUUCAAAAAUACAAAUAUUUUCCACUUUCUGCAACAUCGAAUUUUAAGUCCAUCAAAUUUUUGUUGUAUUAAAACUUUAAACCCAGAUGUUUAUAUCUACAGUGAAUAUUAUUAUAAAGUGUUAAGCAGCAACCCGUUAACGUAGGAUUGUUGAUAACAAGAUUACUUAAAAACGAAUAGUUAAAAUGUGUAUGCUAUUAGAUAGAUAAAAACGUAGAGUAAAUUACUCUAAUAACUUAGUUUCGUAUACUCACAAUAUUAAAGUACUAUGAAUUAAUAUUGCUGAGUAUAUUAACAGUUUAAAAGUUAAUUAUAAAGCGCAAAACUUUACAGGGUUAAUUCUCUAAAAAAUGUUAGAUAGAUACACAGUAUAUAAGGUGAAGAAAAUGUAGCGAUUAAAAUGAAUUUAAAACUGACAAUCUAACUGAACCCUAAUUACAUAGAACUAGGUGAAUGCAAGUAGCUUGAAUUAGCUAUUUAGUGAUGAUUGUAUAAUAAUGUAGCACAUGUUGGGCAGAACUUAAUCUCCUAUAUUAACAAAAAAGUAAUGAUUCGAAACAGAAAAAGAAUUUUAUGAUUGUUUAGGUAACAUUGUCUAAUAAUUAUAUUAUGUUAAGGAAAACAGCUCAGAAAAUAUUAAUAGCAUACAGCAAAUAUAGUUGCUCUAACUAUUGAGAUUCUUAGAACAAAAAGAUACAUUUAUGUCCAUGUCUUCCUAUAACUAAUGGCAUUGGCAACUAUGGGCAUUGUUGUAAAUUAGUAUUAAUACAAUUAAGCAAACAACUCAUUCCUUAAACAUAAUGUGACAUAAACGCACGAAAUAUAUUUUUGUUCGGUCUAUAUUAAAAGAAAAAAUAUUUUGUUUGAGUUUGCGUAAGUGAAAAUAUAUUUGUAUUAGUCAAAAUAUAUUUUUUAAGAUUGGAAAUUCGGGCCAUUAAAAAAUAAUUUACAAUUCGGUAAUUUUGUAGCCGAGACAGUAAAUGUAGUGUAAUGGCGUACGAUAUAGUCAAAUCAAAUCGUUUCAAUGUCUUGUCUGUGAUAUUUUUACUCCCCCUUACCUUUUAUUAUAGCGUCUAAAUACUGCUUCGUACGAAUAGCAAUUGUACAGAAUGUUUUAUUUAUUGAAAUAAAAAUUUAAAUAUAUUUUUCAAUAUUUCUAGCAUCUAAUUCUACAUGUAGAUGAACAGUCUUUAGAGCCUACUUCUAUAAACUCUCAAUGUUUUGUUUGAAGACCAAAUGUAAAAAUAUGCCUUUAACCAGUUUUGUAGUUUGUUCGCAUUUGCAAUUCUAGAAUGAUUUGCAUUUUAAAAACCUUUAACAUGGUUUUAAAAGAAUGUAAAAAGUGAACAUUUUUUAUUUAAAAACUUUAAAAAGCAACAAAUUAUUUCCGUAUUGGAAAUAAAAUUAUAACUAAAAAAUAAUCGCAAGUUGUUUAUUGAGUAAAACUUGACCUGCUCAGAAUGCUGUCGCGUUAACUUAUCAUUUCAGUUUUUUCAAAAAUGUUCAAGCUUCGCAGGGGACUUAUGCAAGUCCGGAUAAAGAUUCGAGCACGUUUUAAAGCACGGCAUAUGCAUUUUACAUUUGGAGUUUUAUUUGUUAGGCUGUUCGAUUCUAUUCUAACCUGUGCCUUCUGUCUGUAAAUUAAAUCUUGAAUUCUUCGUUAAUACCGUUUGUAAAUUAGCUACUAGUAUUUAAAAAUCGUUAGUAAAUGUAAAAAUAAACAACUGUAAAAUAUGU